AAUAACCUUGCACAAAUAGGUAGCCCCGGACACAUCGUUCAGAUAAAUGAAAGCUGCAUUUCAUCUGCAAAAAGAUCGAGAAACCGAAAUGCACGUCCAGUUAGAACACGCUGGGUUUUUGGAGGCAUCGAUACGCAAACAAAAGAUGCCUUUCUGGUGGAAGUAAAUAAACGAGAUGCUGCCACGCUGUUGCCAUUGAUACAGCGACAUGUUCUGCCCGGU